AUGAGCUGCUCAUUAGCAUUAUCAAAAAUUAUCUAGCAGCCCUCUUUCUUCCACCCGUAAUCCCUACUAGCUAUUGCGUGGUAUCAAUCGAACAUUCUUUCUUGCAGUACGGUGAUGCCAAAGGUAUACCCCAACGCCAACGCCAAAGGUAGUGCUGCAGCUCCAAAGCCCUUAGCCGAUAAUCAUGGCAACUCACCUGUAGUCCUAACCGUUUGGAAAAAAUCUUUGCUUUUCAACUGUGAUGGUUUCACUGUGUUUGAUAACAAAGGGAACCUUGUCUUCCGUGUUGACAAUUACAACGCCGGCACUCAAGGAGAGAUCGUUCUCAUGGAUGCUUCUGGCAAUUCUCUCCUCACCAUCCGCCGAAAGAGGCUAAGCCUGUCGGACUGCUGGUUGGUGUUCGAAGGAGAGACGGAUGUCCAUCCUCUAUUUUCAGUAAAGAAGAACGUCAACCUUCUUAAUAGCAAGUCCUUAGCACAGGUGUAUGAUCAGCGAAAAGGCGCUGUAUCUUCACCAAAGAAGAAGGUAGUUUACGAGAUUGAAGGAUCCUACGGACAACGUUGCUGUGCUGUUUACGACAACAACCAUCGACGAGUAGCUGAGAUCAAACGUAAGGAGGCUGUAAAAGGGGUAGCCUUUGGUAUCGACGUGUUUCGUCUCAUUGUACAGCCUGAUGAAAUUGAUCCCUCAAUGGCUAUGGCCCUUGUUAUCCUUCUUGAUCAGAUGUUCGGAGCUUCUUACAUUAUUACAAGGCGAUUUUCGACUUGUUGAAAAUUAGGGGCACCAAUAAAAAGCGGCUCAAACGUAACAGAGGUGGUUAUCUCCUUAAUUGACUUGUCGUCGAUCAGCAAGUUGCGUAUAUAAAUUCGAUGCAGCUUUCGCCUUACAUGACUCGUUACCAGUUAUUACCUCUGUUUAUUUGUCAUCUGUUUUCAUUUUGCUCCACAGCUUAGUCUUUUCCUUUUAAAUAAAAGACUAAGCUAACAGUGGCAACUGUAAAUCUUUUUGUAGAAGCACAUACAAGGACAAAUAUUCACAACAUAUAUUGAAGCCGCUAUUCCUUUAAUCUAGA